UGGGUCUGGUCCUGGAAUUCCCCCCCACCCCCAAAACUGUAUAAAUUACACAGAUGAGACAGAGAGAGAGAGGGGGGAGUGCAGGGAGAGGGAUGGGGAGGGAUGAGAGGGAGGGGGAGGAAGGGAUGCAGGGGAGAGGAGGGGGAGGAAGGGAUGCUGGGGGAGUAAUGGAUGGUGAGGUGUAGGGGAGUUGGAGGAGGAGGAGGAUGGGGGAGAGUCAUGUUUCAAACCAGGCUCUCAGUCCCUCUGAGCCCAGGGCUGGCUGAGCUCUCUCUCACAUCCACAGCUGUCUGAAUCCAUUGUCCCAGCCAGAGAGACAGCCAGGGAAAGGGAGAGAGAGAGACAGCCAGGGAAAGGGAGAGAGAGCGAGAGCGAGAGAGAGAGAGAGAGACAGCCUGGGAGACAGAGAGAAAGAUAGACAGGCUUACAGAGAGAGAGAGAGCGGGAGGGAGAAAGACUGCAGAGAGACAGAGCGGGAGAGAGAGACAGCAAUUGUGAGGGGGAGAGAAGGAAGGGAGAAAGGGACGCAGCUGGAGAGAGAGAGAUUGAGGAGAGAGGAGGUGCCCCUUUGAUACCACUGGAGACAUCAAGGGAUCAGCCCCAGACACAUCUGCAGAGAGACAGCCAGAAGUGAGCGUAAGAGACAGCCCUCUGCAGAGAGGGGGAGCACUGGGACCGCCCUGGAGAUGUGCACAAAGGCAAACCGAGAAGAGACAGCCCAAGGAUAAGAACAAAGCUCUGAGAUACACCCGCAGGACCUGGAGACUGCCCUGCAGAAAAGAGACAUUCCCAAGUGACAUACAGAGGCCUGCGAGACAGCGAAAUACACAAAGAAGAGAAAGCCUGGCCGCGGGGACCACUCAGACUGAAAUGGAAACUGGGCUAAAAAAUAAGUGAGCGUCAUGGAAACGGCCACAGGAGAUCGGUCAGCAGAGCUGACACUCUAACGGAUGGUGUCCUCUUCAAUCACGCAGAACAUCUCGCAGCAAUGCCGCCCACCGGCCUGUACCUGCUCCUUCUUCUGAUAUCCUUGCCGCCUUCCUCGUCCCUGGGCACCCUGGAGUUACACAUCGAUGAGGAACAGCCUGCCGGGACCAUCAUCGGUGACAUCAGCGCCGGACUACCCCCGGGAUCCAGCGGACACAUGUUCUUCAUCUCUGCCCAGGAGGGGAGCGGUGUCGGCAGCGAUCUCGACAUAGAUGAGCACACGGGAAUCAUUAAGAGCGCGCGGGUCCUGGACCGCGAGCAGCGCAGCCUUUACAGCUUCAUUGCCGUCACCCCAGAGGGGCUCACCGUGGAAGUGGACAUCCACGUAGAUGACAUCAAUGACCAUUCGCCCAUCUUUGCUAAAGAGCACAACGAGCUUGCGAUCCCCGAGCACGCGGCGUUGGGCUCUCGUUACCCGCUAGAACCAGCCGUGGACUCUGACAGCGGGGUUCUCAGCACGCAGGGGUACCUGAUCCGUGGUGGGGAUCCGAUGCAGGUGUUCCGGCUGGAAACACGCAGAUCGUCCAGUGGGAUCCUCUCUCUGGAACUAGUGGUGAACUCUGACCUGGACCGAGAGAACCGCUCAUCGUAUUCGCUGACCCUGGAGGCGUAUGACGGAGGAUCUCCAAGCCGCAGCUCCCAGAUGAGGCUGGAUGUGUCGGUUCUGGACAUAAAUGACCACGCUCCGGUGUUCAACCAGAGUCGCUACCAGGCACUUAUUUCUGAGAGCCUACCCCCAGGAUCUAGUGUCCUCCAGGUCUAUGCCACCGAUGCAGACGAGGGUCAAAAUGGGGAGGUCACUUAUGAGAUAAACCGCAGACAGAGUGACCCCGAGGGUUUCUUCACCAUCCACCCGCGAUCUGGACUUAUCCAGCUCACCAAGCCCCUGGAUUAUGAAACCCGGAAGGCUCAUGAACUGGUUGUCCAGGCUCGAGAUGGAGCAGGACAACCAGAGGUGGGAACCGCAUUUGUAUCUAUCCAGGUGCGGGAUUCCAAUGACAACCAGCCCAGCAUGACCAUCAUCUUCUUGAGUGAGGAUGGGGCUCCGCGGGUAUCUGAGGGGGCCACGCCGGGGCAGUAUGUGGCCCGUAUCUCGGUGUCUGACCCGGACUACGGGGAGCAUCCAGAUGUGGAUGUGACGCUGGAGGGAGGAGAUGGAAAGUUUGCUUUGACCACCAAAGAUAGCAUCAUCUACCUCAUCUGCGUGGACAAGCUGCUCGAUCGCGAAGAGAAGGACGCCUACCGCUUGAGAGUCCUGGCCACAGACUCGGGUACGCCACCGCUCCGUGCAGAGUCUUCCUUUGUGUUGGAAGUUACUGACGUCAAUGAUAACCCCCCGGUGUUUGACCGCCAGGAAUACAGCCACACGGUCCCCGAAGGUCUACACCCUGGGAGCUUCCUCCUGCAAGUCACGGCCCGGGAUAAAGAUCAGGGAGUGAACGGGGAAGUAAGAUACAGCCUGCUGCCCACUCCCUGGUUCCACGUCCACCCUGACACCGGUGUCAUCACCACAGCGGCCCCUUUGGAUUAUGAAAGGAACGCCCAGCCUGAGAUGACGGUGGUGGCCUCGGACCGCGGGACGCCUCCGCUGACCUCCACCGCCGUGGUUAGAAUCCACUUGCUGGAUGUUAAUGACAAUGAGCCCGUCUUCGCCAGUCCUGUCUAUAACGCCACGCUGAGUGAAGGCACGGCCCGGGGGAGCUGCUUCCUGCAGGUGUCGGCGUCGGACGCGGACAGCGGCAGUCUCGGGGCGGUCUCGUAUUCUCUCAGCCCUCGGACCCCGGCGCAGUUUCGCAUUCACCCGGAGACCGGAGACCUCUGCAUCUCGGAGACCCUCGACAGGGACGACGGAGACCGCUUCUUCCUUCUUCACGUGACCGCCAGUGACGGGGGUGGUCUGAGUAGCAGCUGCCUCGUUCGCGUUUCGCUGGAGGACGUUAAUGACAACCGGCCGGUCUUCUACCCUGUGGAGUACGGGGCGAGCGUGAGUGCAUCAAGCCCCCCGGGAACACCCAUAGUGAGUGUGAGCGCCCACGACAAAGACGAGGGGAUCCAUGGCACACUCACCUACCACAUUGUGUCCGGAAACAACCCCCCACUCGUCCGCAUCAAAGCAGACACAGGGACCCUGUUGGUGGCGCGCUCUCUCUCUUCGUGGGCGGGCUCUGUGCUGUAUCUGGAGGUGGGAUCUCAGGAUGGGGGAGGAGUCAUGGCAGAAGUUAACGCCCGGGUCAAUGUCAGCAUUUUGGCCGGUUCUGCGCCCGUACCCACCUUUCUGCAGCUUCAUUAUGACAUCACGGUACCAGAGGACACACCCCCUGGGGCCAGCGUGGGAAGCGUAUUGGCUACUAGUCCACCAGGGGUCCCUAGUCAGAUUCUUUACUCCCUCUCCUCCGGAGAUCCUCGAGGUCUCCUCUCUGUUGACUCACGCUCAGGGGUCCUUUCCAUUCGCAAGCCACUGGACCGGGAGCAAGAUCCUGAGCUAGUCCUAGAGGUUCAGGCUCGUACCGGCUCGCCCCCAGCCUACACCAGAACCACAGUUACGGUGCGGGUAGCCGACGUCAAUGACAACCCUCCUACCUUCCCCUUCCCGUCCCACACUCUGCGACUCCAGGAGCCCCCCACCCCCGGCUCCGUCAUAUUCACGGCUCAGGCGAUGGACCCGGACCACGGAGCCAAUGGAGAAGUCCGCUAUCAGCUGGAUUCCAGUGGCCCCUUCGGCAUUGACGGCUCCGGACAAAUUCUCCUCACCGGGAGCUUGAGCCAGGACCGGUAUGAGCUUCGAGUGUCGGCACUAGAUGGUGGGACCCCCCAACUCUCCUCUGUAAUGGAAAUCACCGUCCUGGUGACGGAGCAGGAGUCGGAGCCGGCAUGCGGGGCCUCAGACUACCGCGUAGAGGUGCGGGAAGGCAGCCCCCCGCUCAGUCGUCUCCUCCAGGUCCAGGCAUUACCCACCGGCAGAGGGGAAAGUCCGGUGAGUUACCGGCUGCGUCCGGAUGCCGACUCUGUCGGGUUUGGUGUUGAGCCGGAGACAGGUUGGCUGUACGUACGUGGAGCCCUGGACCGGGAGAGGCGGGAGGUUUAUGUGCUGGCCGUUCUGGCGUCUGCAGGGUCCGGUACCCGAACUGCCACCUGCACCGUGAGGGUCCGAGUGACCGACGAAAACGACAACCCCCCCAGGCUCAGUGAGGAGAGGUACUUCUUCAGCGUGCGAGAGAACCGGCCGGGUGGAGAGUUUGUCGGGAAGAUCAGCGCUUCAGACAGAGAUGCCGGGCAGAACGGCCGCGUCACCUACCGGCUCCCGACGCAUGAGACCGACUUCCAGAUCCACCACCACACCGGAGAGCUGUCUGCGAGGAGGAUUCUGGACCGGGAGCUUCAGGCCACCUACCAGCUCCUGGUGAUCGCGCAGGACGGAGGAGCCCCCCCGCGCAGCGUGACGGGGACCGUUCAUGUUACGGUGCUGGAUGAAAAUGAUAAUGCGCCCGUGUUUGUGCCCAACUCUGCCCGGGAAAUAUCCCUGCAGGUAAUGGAAGCAAAAUCGUCUGGCGUGUUUGUGGCCUCGCUACACGCUAAGGACCCCGAUGAAGGAGAGAACGGGACGGUGACAUACAGCCUCGCAGGUCCCUGGGCAGAAAGGUUCAUUCUGCACCCAAACACGGGAGAGCUGCGCACCGCGGCAGCACUUCAACACGCAGAGCGGGCGCUCUACACCAUGACCGUCCAAGCCUCUGACCUAGGAACCCCUCCGAGGAGCUCGGAGACCACCAUCCGUGUACAGGUGGUUCCUGCCACACGUUACUCUCUGAAGCCUAACCCAAGCGUGCUGGUCCUGACUCCCGUGGAAGGGUUGCCGCCAGGAUCUCUUUUGGGUACUGUUGCCCCCAAACACCCUUACAGCUCCGCAAUGUACACCCUACUGGAUGACCCCCACGGAGUGUUUAUGGUAGACGGACGAACGGGUAACAUCUUCCUGGUGAAGGAGCUGGAUUUUGAGUCGCAGUCUCGAUAUUCUCUUCGUAUAAGCGUGGAAGAGUCACGAGACGUGUCUGGAGGAUACGUGCCUCCUCGAGUGGUUCAGGUGGAGGUUGAAGUCCAGGACAGGAAUGACCACACGCCCAAAUUCCCAGAAGAUCCCAUUACAUUAGUGGUUCCAGAAGAUGCCCAAGUUGGCUCUUCUGUCUUCUCUUUCCAAGCCGUUGACCAUGACGGCCCAGGACCCAACAGUCAGGUCCGGUAUUCACUACUACGCCAGGAUCCAGCGGGCAGAGAGAGCGCUUUUCAUUUGGAGAAAGAGACAGGCAUAUUGAGUGUAGCGCGUCCACUGGACCGCGAAGAAGUGUCCUCUUAUCUUUUAGUGGUGGAGGCGUCAGACUGCGCUCUAAACGUCACUCAGCGCCGCUCCACGUCUGUCACAGCCCGAGUCUUCCUCAGUGACCGCAAUGACCACACUCCACGGUUCAUCUCAUCCCCAACGCUAUGGGUGCCUGAAGAUGUGCCGGUGGGAUCCACGGUUCUCUAUUUGGUGGCCCAAGACCCGGAUCUUGGGGAGAACGGCAGGGUUGGCUACCAGCUGAUUGGAGGCAACGAGGAGGGAAGGUUUCAGGUGCACCCGAGCACAGGUGCACUUUCCGUGGCCCGAGCGCUGGACCGCGAGGAGACCCCCGGGUAUAAUUUGACAGUUGUGGCCCUGGAUCAUGGCUCCCCGCGUCUCUCCAGCACCCAGACGCUCUCCGUCUCUCUCCUGGACGUCAACGAUGAAACCCCCACGUUUGAGAGGGCAGAAUACGACUGGAACGUUCAGGAGAACCAGCCGCCCGGAGUGAGCGUCCUGAGAGUGCAGGCGACGGACCGGGAUCUCGGCCCCAGCGGACGGAUCACAUACGGCGGGGUCACCGGCGAUGAGUUUUCCCUGGACUCAGACACCGGCGUCCUCAUCACAAAGCGCCCGCUGGACAGAGAGUUCAAGGAAUCGUACAUAUUGACAGUGUAUGCCCGAGACGGGGGCUCUCCACCCAGGGUGUCGGAAGUGAAGGUUAGAGUGAACGUGGGUGAUGAGAACGACCACACGCCAACGUUUGAGAGCGAGACGGUGUCCCUGGAGGUCCCUGAAAAUCAGGAGCCUUUAACCCUGUGUGUGCUGAGUGCCUGGGACCCAGACAGGGGGGAGAAUGGGAGGCUGGAGUACAGCGUGAUCGAUGGGGAUCCUUCAGGCGACUUCUCCCUGGAUCCCUCGUUGGGGACGCUCUCCACAUCUCGCCCUUUGGAUAGAGAAUCGGUCUCUGGCUACCGCCUAGUGGUGCUGGUCCACGAUGCCGGGAGUCCCCCGCUCAGCGCCACUGCGACCGUCUCGGUGACCGUGCUGGACCUGAAUGACAACGCUCCAGGCUUCUCUGCCCCCUCUUUCAGUGCCGAGGUCCCUGAAGAUGCCCCUCCGGGAAGUCCAGUCCUGCAGCUAACUGCCCUAGACCCUGACGAUGGCCCCAAUGGUCAGACGACAUUCCAUCUGUCGAAUGGCACGCAGGGGGCUUUCCACGUCGACCCCCUCACCGGACUCAUAACAACGGCCACGCAGCUUGACCGUGAGCGGAAAGCCACCUAUGCGUUUGUAGCCUGGGUCCUGGAUUCGGACCCCUUAGGGCCGCGUAGCUCGGAGGCCACGAUCACUGUAACGAUACGGGAUGUGAAUGAUAACGUCCCCGCAUUUUCCAGAAGCCCCUUUUACGUUAACCUGUCUCGAAACACUCCCGCCAAGCGCACGUUAGCGGCCAUGAGGGCCGAGGACAAAGACGCUGGAGCUAGCGCAUCCAUCUUAUAUCGCUUGGCGCCUGCCUCUGCUAAGGGGGGCUUUUCCGUGGACCCCUACACUGGGGAGGUGCGUCUGCUGGAGUCCUUGCAGGGGAUGAGCCCUAAAGAACGAACCAUCUUUGUACUGGCUUCUGAUCUGGGGGAACCUCCGCUCUCCUCCACUGCUGUGUUGGUUAUAAACCUGCGCGAGGAGGUAUCACAAGGGCCACGAUUUGCACGGGAAUCCAGUGAGAUCAGCGUGCCGGAGAACAGUCCGCAAGGGUACGUGGUGGGCAGUAUGAAGGCCUCACACACCGGGGGCUCUUCUGGGAAGAUCAGUUACAGCUUUCUGAGCGGCAACGAAAACGGAGCAUUCAGCAUCAACCCCAAUACAGGUCAGAUCGCGGUACAGCAGCCCGCUUUACUGGACUAUGAGACCAAUCCACGCCAUAGGCUGGUAAUUCAAGCCGAGACUCCCCAACACUACAGCUUUACCACCCUCACUGUCGUCUUGCAAGAUGUCAAUGACAACGCACCGCGCUUCCAGCUCCCGCUCUACACAGCCCACAUACGGGAAGCACAGGCUGACGGAAGCCACGUCAUUCAGGUUAUCGCCGAGGAUCCAGACCUGGGACUGAAUGGUCAGGUGACCUACGCAUUCGACCAAUCGCAUCCCAUGAAGAAUCUAUUCCACAUCGAUUCUCAGACAGGAGUGAUCACAACCGCAGCCAUCUUAGACCGUGAGAUCUGGUCCCAGGCACGGCUGAUAGUUAAAGCCACAGAUCGGGGCUCCCCGCCACUCACUGGCUCUGCCACACUCACCGUGGUGGUAAUGGACGUGAAUGACAACAGCCCGACCAUCCCUCUUCAGUUAGAGCUCAGCAUACGCGAAGAUGCUCUGAUUGGUUCAGAAGUGGCCCAGGUGACCGGGAACGAUGUGGACUCGGGCCCCGCGCUUUCGUACACGCUGUCCGUGGACGGCUCCUCGAGAGGCGCGUUCACCAUCUUGCGAUACGGCGGGAACAUCUGGCUGAGCGAAGCCCUGGAUUACGAGAAACGUUCCUCAUACACGCUGAGCGUGCAGAGCUCCGACGGCACGCACCACACUCACGCCGACCUCAUACUGACGCUGCAAGAUGUCAACGACAACUCCCCUGAGUUCUCGCAGAGCCUGUACCAGGUAACAGUGAUGGAGCACACUCCAGCCGGCUCCCCGCUCGUCACCAUCACUGCCACCGACCGAGAUUCGGGAGACAACGGGAGAAUCACCUACAGAGUGCUUUCUUCAGGGAGCCGCGCCAUCCACAUCCACCCCGACAACGGGACCCUUUUCACCAUGCAGAAUAUGGAGCUGGAUCCAAAGUGGCCCCUGGUGGAUGUAUUGGUGGAGGCGCGUGACCACGGCUCACCCAGUCUCGCUUCCAUAGUCACUGUACAGAUCUUGGUGAUGGACGUUAAUGACCAUUCCCCCACGUUUCCACAGUCGGAGUAUAGCGCCUCGGUGCCCGAGGACCUCCCUGUAGGCAGCACCAUCCUCAUCGUGGAGGCCAGUGACGCAGACCUGAACGAGGAGAACUCAGGGCUCGAUUACACCAUCCUGAGCGGGAACGUUGGCAACGCCUUUCAGAUACAGAGCGGGAUGCGUUUUUGGAAUGGACGUUUCCAGCGCAUUGGCUCCAUCAUCUUGACGGAUUCUUUGGAUUUUGAAGCCACUUCUUUGUAUAACUUGACACUGGGUGCUACCGACCGAGGCGUGCCACAAAUGAGCCACUCUGUGCCCGUGCUUAUUACCAUCCUCGACGUUAAUGAUAACCCGCCGGUAUUUCCACGGCCAGAGUACAGCGUUCUUCUGAGCGAAGCUGCUCCCGUCGGCGCGGAGGUGUUGCGAGUGCUGGCACAGGACUCUGACUCGGGUAACAAUGGCGUGGUGCACUACAGCAUCACAUCUGGAGACGAGAGUCAUCUCUUCCAGAUCAAUGAGGCCACAGGCGCCAUAAAGCUUGCCCGUCAGCUUGACAGGGAGAGGCAAGCUAUGCAUGCCCUGGUGGUCCUGGCAUUUGAUGGUCAGGGGGGUUCAGCCAACUUUGCUCUUGUCCCAGUGACUGUAGAAGUCCGUGACAUCAAUGACAAUAAGCCAUACUUCCCAGUUCAAAUCCUAACCACGAGCAUCCGGGAGAACCAGCCAGCCAACACGCUGCUAACUAUCAUUCAUGCGAUAGACCUGGACACGGGAGUGUUUGGGCAGCUGCAGUAUGCCGUGCUGGAUCUUCCAGGAACAGAACCCGGGUUUCUAACAGGAAAAGAUGCCUUCUUGGUGAAUAGGACAUCCGGGGAAUUACAUUCUAGACAAAGUUUUGAUUAUGAACGGAGCAAGGCUUUCAAUUUGGUGGUCAGAGCUACAGACGCUGGCAAUUUCUCGGCCACGGUCACAGUGCAAGUUCUCGUGACCGGAGAGGAUGAAUACGACCCGGUGUUUCUAGCCCCAUACUUCAGUUUUGAGGUGCCAGAGGGAGCCAUCAAAGGCCAGAGCAUUGGUCGUGUGCAGGCAACUGACGAAGACGAAGGCACCGAUGGAGUAGUUCUAUAUUCGUUUUCUAAGCCAUCACCAUACUUUGGCAUCAAUGAAACUACAGGUCACGUCUAUCUGAAAGUAGACAGCCAGAGACAUCGCUCUGGCCGGUCUAAGAGAGAGACAAGAGAAAUCACCAUGGAUGUUCAUGCACACAGUCCCCUGCCUUCGUCACGCGUUUCUGUGGCUCAAAUGACCGUGGACAUUACACAUACAUCAUUUGGGCUGGCCCCUGACCUGAACCUGUUGCUUGUGGUGUCUGUGGCAUCUUCAUUGGCAGUGGUGGUGGUCCUGGCAGUUGUUGCCAUUGUGCUAGUUGUCUGCAGGUCUCGAGAUGCACAUAAAAAACGCCAGGAGACCGAUGCUCAACUGGACACUUUGCAAGGAAGCACGUUACAGAGAAUGGGACACGAUAAGUCGGCACUGUCCGAUAACGAACGAAUCUACCACCAAACGCUUCCGGGGUACUCUUUGGAGUCUUCAGCAGGGGAUAGUGCUUACACCAGAGGAGGCUCUCUGGACCCAUCGCAUUCCAGUGGCCGGGGGUCUGCAGAAGCCGCAGAGGAUGAUGAAAUCCGCAUGAUCAAUGAGUACCCGCGAGUGUCAAGCAUCACAUCAUCGAUGCAAGAGCAUAUCUCUGCCCGUGGCCCGGACUCAGGCAUCCAGCAGGACGCUGACCAGCUUUCUGAUAUCUCCUGUGACCCAUCCAUGGACAGCGGACAAUGGUUCAAAAGCAAGAAGGGGUCUGGCCAGUCUCAGUUAUAUCGAGAUGACGGUGGGGGAGGAGGAGCAUUCAUGGGAGUGGGCUGUGGACUUAAUAUGCCACACACCAAGGACUACUCUUUCCCCGAAGAUGGCAAGCCAUCUGUUGAGGGUUCUCUGACAGCCAUUGUGGCCAGUGAUGAGGAGUUACGAGGCAGCUACAACUGGGAUUACCUGCUAAACUGGUGUCCUCAAUUUCAGCCGUUGGCCAGCGUCUUCAUGGAGAUUGCGCGGCUCAAAGAUGAAUCCGCACUUAGAAGACCCUUCCAGCCCAAGCCCAAAGCAAUACCCCAACCCCGCAUUGAUCCUCCCCCUCUUAUUACUUCAGUGGCACAUCCAGGGGCUAAAACUGUGCCCCCCAAGCCAGCUGUGGCCAGAACCUUCCCUAAUUUUUCCUCUCUCCGUCGUUCCCCAAUUACUCACGAAGCCUCCCUUUCAUCGUCUGCUAUACCACCCAGUUUCUCUCCAUCCCUCUCACCACUGGCCGCCCGGUCACCUGUUGUCUCACCUUUUGGCAUUUCUCAGGGCCCUUCAGCAUCUACCCUCAGCGCAGAGAACAGCCUGGAUCCUGCCGGCGAUGGGGAGCUGAGGAUCUGAAGAGGCAGAGCUGAUUUCACCAAAUCAGUGAGAAGAAAUAA